CGCGUUCCCGCUCCGCCUCCUCCCGGGCUGCUGCCCCGGGCUCGGCUCCAGCGCCGGGAGAGGGGUCGGCGGAGCAGGGUUAUUCCCAGCACUGCAACUCUUCCAUCAUGUCUGACCCGAUAACACUCAAUGUUGGAGGAAAACUCUACACCACUUCCCUUUCCACGCUGACUAGUUUUCCAGACUCCAUGCUAGGAGCCAUGUUUAGUGGGAAGAUGCCGACUAAGAAGGAUAGCCAAGGCAACUGCUUCAUCGACAGGGAUGGCAAAGUCUUCCGUUACAUCCUGAACUUCUUGAGAACAUCCCACUUGGACCUCCCAGACGACUACCAGGAGAUGGGCUUGCUUCGGCGGGAGGCAGACUUUUACCAGAUCCAGCCGCUGAUUGAGGCUUUGCAGGAGAAGGAGGUGGAGCUGUCCAAAGCUGAGAAGAAUGCCAUGCUCAACAUCACCCUGGAUCAGAGGACACAAACGGUUCAUUUUACCGUGCGAGAAGCUCCCCAGAUCUACAGCCUGUCAUCCUCCAACAUGGAAGUGUUCAAUGCCCACAUCUUUAGCACAUCAUGUCUGUUCCUGAAGCUCCUUGGCUCCAAACUUUACUACUGCUUCAAUGGCAAUCUCUCUUCGAUAUCCAGCUACCUGCAAGACCCCAAUCACUUGACCCUGGAUUGGGUGGCAACUGUGGAAGGUCUUCCAGAAGAGGAAUACACUAGACAGAACUUAAAGAGACUCUGGGUGGUGCCGGCUAAUAAGCAAAUUAAUAGUUUCCAGGUAUUUAUUGAAGAGGUGCUAAAAAUAGCUCUGAGCGAUGGCUUUUGUGUGGAUUCCUCCCACCCGCAUGCCUCAGAUUUCAUGAAUAAUAAGAUUAUUCGAUUAAUUCGGUACAAGUAGAAAGGGCCCAUUAUUAUGUUAACACCACAGAGGUAACUCAACACAGGUGAAGUGUUUCCUUAUAAGAACCACUUCAGGACACAGCCUAAUACAAAACUAUGCUAAUCUGGAUUAAGAAUCACUAACUGGGAGUUGAUUUUUCCUUUAAUAUACUUACCAUCAUGACCUUUCAGAAUGUCCAUGUUUUGGAUGAAAGGGAUGUCAUCUGGUGGCUUGAAUCAAGGACUGGGUAUUGAGAAGUCCUUGUUUCUGCCUCCUCUAACUCGCUGUGUAACUGUGGUCGGGUCACUUAAUCUUUCUCUUCCUCAGUUUUCCUACCGGAAAACAAGGAUGAUGGUACUCAGCCUAUCUUGUAAGGAAGCUGUGAGGCUUCAAUACUCAGUGUUUGCAAACCACCCCGAAACCAUCCAGUGCAAUGGCACUCUAGAGCUGCAGGCUAACACUGACUUGAUGUUGCACUGCCUUGCAUGUUGUGUCAUCUUUUGUAUGAGUGCAAGGUGGGUAUCAAAUGCAAUGAGACUAGCAGGAUAUAGGUUUCUGAUCUCCUCCUCCCUUCCUUGCCCUCUCCACACACCCCCUACACAGGUGUAUGUGGCUAUGCAAAGCAUGAAGAGCAGAAUUGGGUCCACUGUGCUUAAACCAAAGACUUCUUUUCCCCACAGGGCUGGCUAAUUUUCUUUCCCCUGCGGUAAACGUUCAGCCCUAUUCUUCUGCCAGGAAAACUGAGAGAUUUGUAUCACAAGUAACAAAUGAUGCCAUGGCAAGAGGAAUAAUGGGAUCCGAGAACUGAGGAGAAUGUGGGUUUUGUUUGAAUUGGCUGUAGCUACUCUUAAACCAGCUGCUCCAAACCUUUUCACAGCAACCCUAUUUCCAGGUUAAUGACUCCUCUUCCAGUUGGCUUGUGCCCUCAGUUCUGGGUGGAGCUUGAUAGACAGUAGAUUUUCCUCACCCCACUAUGAGUGCCCAUUUGAGGUGGUGACCCCUUUGCUUGAGAAAAGCAGCAAGGAUUCAGAAUAGCAGAAGUCGUAACUGCAUUAAAGGUGAAUAGAUAUAGUCUCUCCUGCAAUGCCAUCUGUGGAGAAAGACAUAGUUUAUUUCAGCAGUAAUUAAGAAGAUGGAGAACGGCAGCCCCCCCAAAACAUUCUAAAUAUGCUUGAGCCACUUUUACCUGUGCAGUAUUGCCAACCCGCGUGAUUUUUCACGUUGUUCUUAAAAUCUGUGCUCCGGAGAUGUGAAAAACUUAGCUCUUUCUUUUAUAUUUGUAUAUAUAUACAUAUAAGAGAGCUAAGUUUUUUCACAUUCCCAAAGCACAGACUUCAAAAGAACAACGCCAAAAAUCUUGAGAUUUGGCAAUACUGCCUGUGCCUCAUCAGUUCUGUCUGGGUCCAUUUGCUUGGUGGAGACAUGUAGUAUAUUAAAAAGGGCUGUGCUUAAACAUGGGUUGCCUUUUGGAAUAGAUCUGGUCCUUUCUAGAAGGAUCUACAUUCAAUUUUUCUAGUUACUUUUCUUCCAUAAAGACCCGAUUCUCUCUUAGUCCUGCACUUUGGACCACAUGCUACCAAGCCAGAACAGAAACAUUUUGGGCUUCCUUGGCUCCGAGGUAAAUGACUGCACAAGAUGCAGGGCAGUGAAGAGCUAUGGCUGGAAACAGCCAAAUGCUGCUGCUAAAGACCUUGUUCACAGUAUGGCAGGCAAGGUUCUUUGGGUAAAUGUGAUCUCUUUUAUUAGACCAACGAAAUAACAGGAAAAAUUGUUCUUUGCAAGCUUUUGGGCACAAACACACUUCUUCAGGCAUAUGGAGAGUCUGCUGGUGUUUUGUGUUCUCCUUGCUCACACUAUAACUUUUCAUGCAGUUUGCAAUCAGCUGGUAGUUCCCCAAGGUGGUAGCUCAUAUCUGUUGCCCUUGCAAGCAUCUGAGUCUGGCAGUGGGCUCUCAAAGCAGGUUUUAACUCAAGUAUUGCUUGCACUACUAAACUCUAGAAAAUCUCCCAUUGUCUGUCAUGAGAAAAGAAGAUGCUCUGGUCCAGAGGGCACCCCAUAACCAGCUUUCAUGCUUGGUACUCUUAUUUCCUCCAGAUGUUUUUUUUUUUAAACAGGCCUGUACUUUCCUGUCAAGCCAAGACUCAUCCCAGUCCUAAAAGAGGACUGAAGUCCCCAGCAGAACGUUGUGCAGGAGCUGUGUCUGGUUGCUGUUAUUAAAACCACGGAGAUCCACGCACCUCUUGCUCUCCUCUCCGCAUUUACUGUAGAGAUUACAAACCAGGCAACGUCUCCCUGUGUCACUGCUAACAACUAGAUGUUGCAGCAAGUGCUGCUUGUGACUUCAUAUGUAUUACAGCCUGUUUUGAGUCAGCAGUGAACUAACACCCCAGUAUGAUACGGCUGACACCAUGCUGCUAGAGGUUCUGUCUUUUGCAUGGAUGUAAAACAGAGGCCCUGACCCAGCCGUUAAAAAUCACUUGGCAGCUUUCACAACAUUAAGAGGAUUUUAAUCUGCAAGUUUUGGCCUGAUUCCAAACUUGAGUAAUUGAGUCCUUCCAAUUUAAAAGUUAUCUUGCAGUUUCAGCUGGAUUGGGAAGUGUUUUUCACUCCUGAACCUAAACUGUAGUAUUGCUAUGUACAGUUAAACAGCAGCCACGUUCCACUUCAAAGUAUGUCAGUACAUGUCAGUGAGGAAGCAAGGCAGUUUUUGUGUGAAUCUAGUUCAUAGGAUUCAUUUGUAUAUAAGAUGGAUAUUAAUGUGUGUUAGAUUAUUUGGAUAAUGUCACAUCAUGUGCCUUAAAGCAAAUAAGCAGACAAGGUUACCUUAGAUUUAGUACUAUUGGAGUCCUUAAGGGUACACUGGAACUUUAUGUUGGAACUCUAUGCUAGCCCCUGAGCACAGAUGUCAAUUUACAACUUCUCUAGCAGGCAUUUUUAUAUGUUAAGAGCAAAGGAAUAGUCAACAAUAGUCCUUGGCUUUCCUGUACUUUUUUAAUUCAAUAGGGCUCAAGGCAGUAGGGCAGAUUCCAAGCUAGCUCUGGUGAAGUCUGGCCUGAUAUGUCCUCGAUUCUGUUUCAGCAAAAGAAAUCAACAUUGGUAUAAGCCUAUUUAAAUGUGUAGCAGUGAGACGGCAGGCACCAGGAACACUGCUGUAUAGAUGAACACCAGCCACAGGAGCUGGAAAAGGUAGUAGCUGUACACCUCAACCUCCAUCACAGGUCAGCACUGCAGAUCAGGGCAGCACCCAGGUUAGAUGACAAGCUGGUGACUUUGCAUCAUUCAGAUGGUAUAAAUGGUACUAAUGACACUACAGCUGUUAACGUUCCUCCAUCCUUUUAGAGACUGUAUGUAGACAGUGAAAAGGAGCUUCCUUUGCAGUGUGUCUCAAAAAAAGCAGCGAAGAGAAAGAAUAGUUGUAGAAGAGAACUCCACCUCCUCUAAGAGGAAAGGGAUAGGCCUGUGAUAAGCAGGGAUCCUGGUUUUCCUGAUUUAAAAAAAUCCCCAAUUUUUGGUUUUAAAAAAAUUACCCCCGAAUCCACAUUUUUCUGUGAUUUUAAAUGAAACACCACUAAUAUAUAUUCGAUAUAUAUAUAUUAGUGGUUCAAGUAUUGCUUGCACUAGUAAAUUGCACUAUAUAUAUAUUUGAUAUAUAUUAGUGGUUCAUUUUAAUCACAGAAAAAUGUGGAUUUGGGGUUUCUUUUUUUUAACCGAAAAUUGGGGAUUUUUUUAAAUCGGAGAAAACCAGGAUCCCUAGUGAUAAGGUUGUCUUGAAAGAGCAUUAACCUGUAGCCAGCUCUUCAAAGAGUAGAAGAUUGGAGUCUAAUCUUUGAUGUGAUUUUCUCUGUGGCCUUGGAUAAGUCACACAGCCACUUUGCCAUUAUGAUUUCCCCUAUAAAGCAGAGAGGGAAAUGUUACGGGCCUCCUCAAUGAGUUACAAAGCUUAAUUAAUUAGUGUUUGCAAAACCCAUGGAUUUAGGAAUUCUAAGUAUUAACCUCUUUAAAUGGUAAGAUCUAGCGGUGAGAGCUGUCUACGGGGAAAAUCUCUUUCUUGUCAAAGCUGCACUUAAAAGAGGAUCAAAAUGAGCUGGUAAGGCUAGAAACUUAGAAUGGAAAUGAGAUGAGACCAGUAUUGGUCUAGUGAAGAAAGGCCUUGUUCACACAUAUACCUCUUUGAUUAUCCUGGUAUAGUUAAUACCAGAAAGCUUGUAUCUGCCAGUUACACUGGUAUAACUUGUAACUGUAACUCCUAUUCUCUUAUUUAGGAGAAUAGGUUAUAACAGUAUAAAGCAACUUUAUAUCAGCAGAUUUUACUAAUUUACAUCAUUCGUGAAAACCGGAUCCCUCACUGGAAUAGUGAAAUUCAUCCAGAAAACCUGGGUAAACCUGAGCCUGACCCCUCACUGCUGUGAACCUAAUGUCCCUGGCCCGUAUGCAAAGUGGAUGUAAAACACUAUUCACUUGUGAUAGAAGAGCUCACCAUGGCCCUGGCUUAGAGAAUCACAUGCCUCAGUUCUGUUCUUGAAUCCCCUGCUGACUCACCAUGACUAGGUCCGGGUGCUAAUACCAUGCUCCAGAGCGGUGUCCUCAUGCUCGCAGGUUGGCUGCAGGCAGGCUGCUCCUGAACCAGCAGCGUGGUCACACGCGUGGAGCACUUUGAGCAAGCUAAUUAGCACUGCCGAGGGACAGCAUCAACCUGUUGCCACGCUCAUUAGCUCAAACUGUUGCACUAGGCAGACACAGCUAGCUUGCUUCUGGUUUAGGAAGUGGCCCGUCUGAAACAGCACACCACGCUUGAGGUGGCUACUCUAAAGUGGGGCAAGUUACACACAGAUAUAAUCUGUGUGUCACAGGCUGUGCACCUCAGUUCCUCCAUCUGCAGUGUGGGGAUAAGUCAUACUUAUGUACCAUAGUAAAGUGCCGAGAGACCCCCACAAAGGGAGACCGUUAGGACAGAAAAGCACCAGAGUCAGGCUAAACAGGAAAUAGGGUGUGAACUAAUGACACAGUGCUAUCGCUAAACAGGGGUGUACAUUCAGUCCAGAGGGAUCUUCCACAUGGAAAAGGUUAUUAUACAGCAGCUUAUUACAGCCUAGAAAAGACCACUCUUCGAGUUCUGCACAUGCCACUGGGAUCAUUAAACUGGCAGGUAGAUGCAGUUCUGAGAUGAUUAAAUUAAAGGGGAGACCAUGGGAAAGUAGGGUCGGAAGGGACCUCAGGAGUUUAUCUGGUCCAGCCCUCUGUUCAAGGAAGGUUUGUCCCUGACCAAGCCGUCCCAGCCCAGUGCCUGUCCAACCUGCCCUUGAAAAUCUCCAGGAAUGGAAAUGAUACAUGAAGAGUUGCUGAGGGAACUUAAUUUGUAUAACUGGGGGGAUUGAUGGGUGUUAGCAGAAGGUAAGGGUGGGGGUUGCUACUGCCUAUGAUAGUAGUGAAAUGAGCAGGCAUGGUAUCAAGUUAGAGGUGAAGUGCAAAUGUGAGGACUCAUCUUAAGGAGGAAGAGGGAUAACUGGCCUGGAUGUGUUCAGAAGUAGCUUAGAGAAAAUGCUAGGAAAACUGAUAAGGUUAAGGAAGAUUCUGCUCCAGAUGAGGGGUCUGACACCUAUGAUUUGUGCUAGUAAUUUCAUGACAUUAUGACUUGUGCUGGUAAUUUGACAGUAGCCAGAAAGCAAUGCCUGAUUUGCACAUGAAUGUGUAUCAAAUGUAUGCAGAGUGUCAGCUGCUUGUACUCCUCUGCCUUGAUAAGUGAACAGGAACUGCUGCUUGCUUGAAUUCAAUAGCAAUAAGCACCUGUGGUUAAUCAGAUUUAUUCUCAUGCUACCAGAAAGAUGGGUAUGUAUUAGGUUUAAAGAGGGUGAAAGGUUUUACCUUUGGCCUAAGCUGUAAGGACUCUGCUACUAAUAGUGUUUUGUAAACUAAACCCAGGAUCUUUUCAUGCACUGAUGCUUCCCAGACAAAGGAGAAGCUAUGAAAGUGAUUGUUGCUUUUACAGAUUCCAUUAAACUUAAUGUGUAGAAAAUGCUACUUGUUUGUUUUAAAACAUGUAACUUUCCUAAUACAGCAGGCCAAAUGCAGAGCCACCCACAAAAAUGGCCAAACGCGUACAGUGCAAAAGCAGUGUUCAUAUGUAUCCCUUUCCAGCCAAAGUCCUCUGCAUUAAUUAUUCUAGACAGGACUCUACCUACCAUACCAAGAGUGCAUAUGAGCAUAAACAUGCAGACUUAACCUUACAGGGAAGGCCUCUAAUGUGGAGAGUCUGAGGAGCGAGUGGCCUGCCUCCCUGUAUAUUCUGGAGAAAACCAAGAGCCAUGGAUGGAAAAUAUUCCCUCCUUAUUUUCUUACUGCUGGCUGUAGGAUUUUCCAUUUGGUCAGAAUUUGGUUCUGCAUUUGCUGUGAUAACUAUGUUUGACUAGAUAAAACACUGUCUUUUCUUAAGUUUCCUCUACCCCUUACACAAGUCUUGUAGGACUUUUACUUUUGUUUUCUACUGUUUAGUCUUCAACUGUAUCUCUUCCAAACGACACAAUUAAAGUGUGCUUUAAAAACAAGG